CCUGGGCAACCCCCAGACUGACUCAUACACCCAUGGGAGUUUGAAGUGACAGAAUAAAUCUACAGAGACGAGGCUCGGGAUAACAUUUCAUAAAGCUGAGAGCAGAGCUGAGACCUCAGGAGAGACACACACAGCAUCCACAUAAAGACAUAAAGUUGGAGUCAUUGUCAUGUUUGUGGUCUUACUGAUCCUGCAUGCCAUCUCGGGUGCCCAUUCUCACGGGCCACCGUCUGUGAAACAGUGCCCGUCUGCGUGCCAGUGCGAGGAGGAUGGCAUCUUACUGCUUGUGGACUGCUCUGAACAAGGAUUAUCAUCCGUGCCAAGUGACCUGAGUCCUUUUACAUCCUACCUGGAUCUCAGCAUGAACAACAUCACCGAGAUCCAGCCCAAUGGUUUCCGCAAUCUACACUUCCUCAAUGAACUGAGGCUUUCGGGCAACCACCUGAGACACAUCCCUGGCUCCGCGCUUCAAGGCCUCUACAAUCUCAAAGUCCUGAUGUUGCAGAAUAACCAGUUAGAGAGACUGCCCGGAGAAGACCAUUGGGAAUUACCCAAUUUACUUUCUCUGCGUCUGGAUGCCAACCUGAUCACGGAGGUCCCUGCAAGGACCUUCUCGGGCAUGCGCUCACUGCGCCACCUCUGGCUCGAUGACAAUGCCCUAAAAGAGAUCCCAGUGAGCGCACUCAAUGAUCUCUCAUCACUGCAGGCCAUGACCCUCGCCCUAAACCGCAUCACCCACAUCCCAGACUUUGCCUUCAGGAACCUAUCCAACCUAGUUGUGCUGCAUCUUCAUAACAACAUGAUCCAGACUCUCGGACAGAACAGCUUUGAGGGACUACACAGCCUAGAGACUCUGGAACUGAAUUUCAAUGACCUUCAAGAGUUCCCUAUGGCUAUUCGCACGCUGGCUAAACUUCAGGAACUGGGUUUCCACAACAACAACAUCAAGGCCAUUCCUGAGAGAGCGUUUGUUGGGAACCCGCUUCUGCAGACCAUUCAUUUCUAUGAGAAUCCCAUCCAGUUUGUCGGCAGAUCAGCAUUUCAGUUCUUGCCCAAGUUACACACUCUCUCUUUGAACGGGGCCACUGAGAUCCGACAGUUUCCAGAUUUGAAAGGAACCACCAGCCUGCAAGUCCUCACGUUGACCCGAGCUGGACUGACAGGCCUGCCAUAUGACCUCUGCCACCUGCUUCCUAAAUUAAGAGUUCUUGAGCUGUCUCAUAAUGUGAUCGAAGAGCUGCCCAGUUUCUACCACUGCGCUUCUCUACAGGAGAUAGGCCUACAGCACAAUCUGAUCAAACAGAUUGAGAUGAACACAUUCCAACAACUCAACAGCUUACGCUCACUGGAUCUGAGUUGGAAUAGGAUCGAAACAAUCCACCCGGAUGCCUUUUCCUCCCUGCAGUCUCUUGUUAAACUGGACCUGACCGGUAAUAGGUUGACCAGUCUCCCACUAGCUGGGCUAACCAGCCUCACUCACCUAAAGCUGAAGAGCAACAUGGCACUCUCUCAUACAUUCAGAGAAGAGGACUUCCCCAACAUAAGGGUCGUAGAGAUGCCAUAUGCCUAUCAGUGCUGUGUAUUUGGAGCCUGCAGCAGUUACAAAGCAGCCAGUCAGGGGGAAGAGCAGAUGGGCAGUGAGGAGGAGGAUCUUCAGAAGAAAGCUUUGUCUCCGUUACCCAUUCACACCGACAACAACUAUGACCUUGAUCUGGAGGAAUUCCAGUUGGCUAUUGAGGAGUCCAAACUACAAACCAGCAUACAGUGUAGCCCUAUCCCAGGUCCAUUUAAACCAUGUGAUAACCUGUUUGAUAGUUGGGUGGUACGCCUCGGGAUGUGGCUCAUCUCUCUAGUCUCACUGAUGGGAAACAGUCUUCUCCUCUUGACAGUGUUUGCCUCUCCCAGCUAUCUCUCACCCGUCAAGUUCAUCAUCGGCAGCAUCAGCAGCACCAACCUGCUGACGGGCCUGUGCACCGGUACCCUGGCGCUAGUUGAUGCUCGGACAUUUGGGGAGUUCGCCCUGAACGGUGCUCAAUGGGAAAUGGGUGCUGGUUGCCAGGCAACAGGCUUUCUUUCAGUGCUUGCCUCAGAAGGCUCCAUACUCUUCCUCACCUUAGCAGCAGUGCAGUGCAGCGUGUCAGUGUCGUGUGCCCGAGCCUAUGGAAAGUCACCCUCUCUGGCAAGCGUGCGCGCUGCUGCAGUAGCAUGUUUGGCACUUUCACUGGCAGUUGCUGCUUUGCCCUUAAUAGGGGUUGGGGAGUAUGGGGCAACCCCCCUCUGCAUGCCAUCACCACUGCCAGAUGGAGUGCCCUCCACACUGGGCUUUAUGGUGGCCCUGAUCAUGAUGAAUUCCCUGUGCUUCUUAGUGAUUACCGGAACGUAUAUCAAGUUGUACUGGGACCUGAUGAAAGGUGACUUUGACAGCAUUUGGGAUUGCGCUAUGAUCAAACAUGUGGCCUGGCUCAUCUUCACCAACUGCCUGCUCUAUUGCCCAGUGGCCUUCCUCAGCUUCUCCUCCCUUCUGGGACUCUUUUCUGUAAGCGAGGAGGUUGUCAAAUCAGUUGUCCUUGUGCUUCUUCCUCUGCCGGCCAGCAUCAACCCUUUGCUCUACCUAUUCUUCAAUCCACACUUCCGUGAAGAUGCACGUCUCCUCUGGAGCAGAGCUUACCUACGCCAUGACCGCAACCUGGAUUCCUUUGUCUCUGUUGACACAGAAAAGAGCUCGUAUGACUCCACACAAGCUCUGGUGUCUUUUGCCGCAGAAGCAGAGUUUGAGGGUUCAUCAGCACCAACCCAAGACACGGCCACUCGAUUUUCUUGCCCACCCUCAGUGCAGCUCAUCCCAUGCCAGCUGCAGACGCAACCCUCAACGGAUAGGGAAAAUGUUGGAGAGAACAUGGCCAGGUCUACACCAGGACUAAGUGCAAAAGAGCAGGAAUUUCAGAAAAGCAGUGGACUUGGCACUAAUAAUGGAAGCCGUCUCUCUGGAGUCUACCACUCCCCACUUCUCUCAUCUCAUCCUUAAGUCGUCUUCAAAUAUCUUGAGUUUUCAAGGACCCUUUCAGUGUGAGAAAUCUUGAGCUCACGUAUGAAAUUACCCCUGAAACCAUCAGAGCUUAUGAACAAUGAACUACAUUGGAUUUGGGAAAAAUGUACCUAUACUUAAAGUCCCAAUUGCUACAUGACAUUCUAAAAAAAGGGAAACAACUUCCUUUUUGCAUAUUGUGACACGAUCUCAUGGGCCUUUAAAUAAUUUAUGCAACAAACUGAAAUGUACAAAAACUAAACAGCUUUGUAUUUUAUUUUUUGAACUUUUGUUUGUGUGAUACAGGUAUUACAGAGUACAGAUGAAUCUUAGGGAAUGUUUGCACGACAACAAUAGUACAAAAAUGGACUUUUAAAAAAGUAACUGUAAAACAAUCCACGUUCACAUGGAUCAGAGAAAACAACUAAAAACACGGUAUUAUGUGUGCCAGUCCAGUAGGUGGCGAUGUUAUUUUGUAA